CAUCGCCCCCGUUGCCGUGGGAAACGACCCGGGACCUGGGAGGAAGGAAAGACGUUUCCCGCCGGCGGGAGCUGCGGUUGUGGUGUCAAGGGGCGCUCAGAGACAGCGGAUCCCAGCACCGCAGCGCUAUGGCAGACCAGUUUUAUCUGGAAAAUAUAGACGAGUUCGUCACGGACCAGAACAAGAUCGUGACAUACAAAUGGCUGAGCUAUACAUUAGGAGUUCACGUUAAUCAGGCCAAACAGAUGCUGUAUGAUUAUGUUGAAAGGAAGCGAAAGGAAAAUUCAGGAGCCCAACUGCAUGUCACCUAUUUAGUGUCUGGCAGUCUCAUUCAGAAUGGACAUUCCUGCCACAAGGUUGCAGUAGUGAGAGAAGAUAAAUUAGAAGCAGUGAAGUCCAAACUAGCUGUGACUGCCAGCAUACAUGUGUACAGCAUCCAGAAAGCCAUGCUAAAGGACAGUGGGCCUCUGUUCAAUACCGACUAUGACAUCCUUAAAAGCAACUUGCAGAACUGCAGCAAGUUUAGUGCCAUCCAGUGUGCAGCUGCAGUCCCUAGAGCUCCUGCUGAAUCCUCAUCUUCUGAAAAGUUUGAGCAGUCAGAUCUUCCAGUAUCACCUGAGACACAAGCCAAUAAUGAGUUGACCACCAAUGGUCAUGGCCCACCUGUCCCCAAACAGAGUUCCCAACAGCCCAAAGGAAUUAUGGGCAUGUUUGCUGCUAAAGCUGCUUCUAAAACCCAAGAUACCAACAAGGAAACCAAAACAGAGGCUAAAGAGGUCAUAAAUGCAUCUUCGGCAGGCAACAAGGCACCAGGGAAAGGGAAUAUGAUAAGCAAUUUUUUUGGAAAAGCUGCUAUGAAUAAACUUAAAGUCAAUUUGGAUUCAGAACAAGUAGUGAAAGAAGAAAAAAAAGUGGAGCAACCUCCACUCUCUGUCACUGAACCAAAGCUGGCAGCCCCUGUGGGCCUGGAGAAAUCUAGCAAAAAAAUAGAGCCUGUUAAGAUGCAGCAGAAGGAAAAAAAAAGGAGGAAGCAAGUGGAGUUUUCUGAUGAUGAGACAAAAGAAACUGAAAACAUGAAAAAGAAGAGGAGAAGAAUCAAACUUCCUGAGUCUGAUAGCAGCGAAGAUGAAGUCAUACCAGACUCUCCUGGGGCGUAUGAAGCCGAGUCACCAUCCCCACCUCCUCCUGCUUCCCCACCUCCUCCUGCUUCUCCAUCUCCUGAACCACUGCCGAAGACCAAGCCAGAGCCUCCUUCUGUCAAGAGCUCAAGUGGAGAAAACAAAAGAAAACGAAAGCGUGUGCUAAAAUCUAAAGUCUUUGUGGAUGAGGAGGGCUGCAUGGUGACUGAAAAAGUCUUUGAGAGUGAAUCCUGCACAGAUAGUGAAGAGGAGCUGAAGAUGAAGACUUCCGUCCACAGACCCCCUACCACAACGGUGAAAAAGGAACCCAGAGAGGAACGAAAGGGUCCAAAGAAAGGGACUGCUUCUCUGGGCAAAGGCAAUAGACAGGUGUCCAUUACUGGCUUCUUCCAGAGGAAGUGAACUGCCAUCUCUGUUAAAUCAGAGACGUCGAGUGGUCAAGGGACAAGACCAAGACAUACCGACUCUCGCUUACUGUGUAAGUUGAUCCAGCGCCUCACCUCACCUGUAUCAAAAGACUUCUUCCAUUCUGUAAGAUUUAUACGGCUUCUGGUUUUCAGCCAAAAGGAAAUCACCUGGAAGCAAGAGGCAAAGGAAUAUUUUGAAAGUUGUUAUCUUCUCAUGACAUUUUUUUAAGCACAGUCUUUGACCUGUCCAGAAUUCACUCAAAGAUAAAUUGGAACAGGUUUCAGAAUUAUCACUGAAGCCAUUUUGUGGCUAAUCCACUGCACCCUACUCACCCUACACCCUGAUCCAUCUGUUUGUGGCUCAGGAAGUGAUCCUCCUCGUUCUGUUGUAUUCUGUGGACUUGUGUGGAUAUUCUUUUAUCCCCGAAUUUUACAGGAUAUGUUUACCAUUUCCCCAGCAUCCCUUCCCCACUACCACACUUCUGUGUGAAGCGUUUUCUGUAAGUCUUUUAAAUCUUGGUUGGACUAAAGGCUGAAACAAAAAUCUCCCUGUAAUCCUCUUUUCCUCCAUUAUAAAGUACAUCGACACCUGGCUACAGACCAGCACAUUACUUGUGUUCUAGCACUUUCAUAAAAGCUUACUCUCUAGACCUUUACUUGCAGUUAGUGGUUAGGGAAAAGCCUCCGGCAGAGCACAAAUAGAAAUGUAAUGAUGUAUUCCACUCCACUAGAAAUUACUUAGAGUCAGUAUUGAUGAUAUUCGAGGACUUGUCAUGUUGCUGACAUGGGAGGUGCUUUAUACUGACUGCUCUUUGUGACUUUUGUCUACUCGCCUCUCUCCCUUUCCCACUCUCAAUACCUGGAGAGGGAAACCCAUACAAUGAAACAAAGGCUAAAAAGAGAAAUCCCUUCUUACCUACAGUAUACAACAGCUGAGUAAAAUUUCUCCUUUUCAAGGAACCCAAAUGUUCAGAAACAAUUUUCCAGGAAGGUAACAAGGAAGAGAUAAAGCCCAUUAUCUACAGAUGUUGCUCCUCUGUAUUUUUAACUCCCCCACGUGCCUAGAAGUACAGGUUCCCCAGGAAGGUAAGGAGAGACUGAGUCAUUGGUACAUCUAAAAUUUUCAUGUGUUACUUAUGGAAAAUCAUCUAUUCCAGUGAUAACUCUGAAGUGACUUCCUGUAUGGCUGGACAAUAAGCUCAGGGGACAGAGGUGGUGUGGUGGUGAUCUUGCACAGAGAGCUCUGAGGAAAGGAACAGAGGCUCAGCUGCUGGCGUGACUCGUGAUUAACAGACAAGGGAUGUCUGAUUUGCUCCUUCUGCCUUAGCCUGGUGUAUGUCGUAAGCGAGGCAGUCAGCCGUCUACUGUUUAAGGUUAGGAUUGUGACUGACCUUGGAUUAAUAGGAGCUUCUUUAGCAGCCGUCACCCCAUGGACUUGAUUAAAACCAGAGGUUUGGGAGAUGAAUCCCGGCAUUACAUCUAGGACUUGACAAGGCAGGGGCUUUGUGCAGCAAGCUGAGUAAAGGUUGCCAUAUUCCAAACUCCUUUCCUUUUAAAAUGUAAAAGGAUGGAGAGAAGGGUGGAAAGCCUGGACUUAAAACUUUACAAAAAACUUCUGGAGAGGAAUCCCUUUUAAAUGGUUAUUUCUGUCAUUGCCUCUGGUCAUUUUUCUAAAUAGAAAUGGAAAAUUUUAAAAAGCAACAAUCCAGUCUUUUUAAAAAAAAUUAUGAUGUUGGGAUCUCUAAUAAAACCAAAUUUUAAAUUGGAAAACUGGUGCUGGUGGAGUUCUAUCUUUGAAAGGAUAAUGCAAAUCCCGUGAUCACUGUGCCCAGCCCAGUAUGCUGCCUCCACUCUGAGCUGUCUGCAGGGCUUAGUAAGUAGUGAGUGCUGGCUGUUUUUGUCUUUUUGUUAAAAACAAAACAAAACAAAA